UUACGAUCUACACUACGCACCAAGAAACAAAACAAAUAAAGAAAUGGCGAGAAAGGAAAAUGGGCAAAUGGCAAUGGAUUGCGAAAGAUAGAAGAUUAGCGCGACGCGACAGCAUGUGGCACCGAAUAUUUGCCCCCUUCGCCUUUAACCCCAUUCCUAACAAACCCUUCUCUCUCUCUCUCUCUCUCUCUCUCGCUCCAUUUCCUUCUCUCUUAAUAAUUGAAGAGGGGAAUUUAUCCCAUUUCUGAAGUGGAAUUUGAAACCAAGGACGUAGCAGCAGCGACUUCCUCACACUUUUUUUAGAGCUCUCUGUAGGCCACGGUGGUCCGGCGACCGGAAUGGGUUCCGGCAGCAGUCGUCCGCGGUCGCGCCCAUCUGAGUCCCGACCCAGCGCCAGCAGCACCCCCGUCAACCGCUCCCCUUCUAGGAUUCUGUCAUCCAUCAUCUGCGGUGGCUCUUCUUCUUCUUCCCGCGCUGCAGCUGAGAUGGAAGGUCGUCCUUACGAAAUGUUAAAGAGCACUGUGGAAAAUGGUGAGGCAGGGGCCAACAAAAUACAAAGCCUUGUACUGGAAUCGUCUGCCAUAAUUGGCUCAGAAACAGUUUCUGCCAAUUCUGAUAGUGCCAUUGGCCAUUCAUCAACAGGGAGUAGUACUACAGCCAGCAAGAGAAUCGUUGGUGAAGGUGGUUUGAGAAACCCUGGAACAAGUAAUCAAGAGAGACGUUUCUCCGAAAGUUUGGGGUUAGUUUCUUCCCAGGUAUGUGAUGAAUAUGGCUACAACGACUCUUUUAGGAAUAGGUAUAGUGGUGAAGAAGCUAGUACUUCAUUUAGAGAACAACAACAAUCUUCAGAUCCUCUCUCUGUAAAUAUUUUGGCUAACAAGGAUGCAGUCAAUCCAGAGAAUAGUAGAGAUAUGCAUGCAGAGAGUUCAUCUCAAGGGCUACUGCACGCAUCGAGUUUUGGCAGGGCUUCUGUUGAGAAUCACAUGGAUGAAAUGACAACUUGGCCUCUGCACAAUUCUGAUUCUGUUUCUGGACGAGAAGCAAUUCCUGAGGGUUCAGGACUUCCGGUGACGGAACAGGCCCAGGAUGAUGGAGAUGUUCUUCAUGUAGAUGUUGUGAGCAUCUCUUCCAGCAUCUUCUCUAGGGGAACGGCUGAUACGGCUAGCCCAUAUGAGACCAGAAGAAACAGUAGAAGACUAUUCUGGGAUGCAUUUUCAAGACGCAGUUCUUGGAGGCCUAUGGAUUCUCCAACCAUUGUGUUAUCUACUGAUGAUAGUCCUGAUGAUUUACAAUCUCACGAUAGAUGGCUCCUCGAUUUUAGUGGCGACUUUUUCAAUGAUGGUGUAACUAGUAGCGAUGCUGGAUACCCGGGCAGCAGGAUUCGUAGCUGGACUGAUCGGAGACGCCAAUCAAGAUCAGAGAUUUGGGAGAGGCUUGUGGGCAACCUUGAGGAUGAUGAUCGACGAUCACCAACAGUCUGUCCUUCUGGACUUCACCAUGAUGGUACUUGUUCAUGUGAAUCACUCUUGUCAGGAGGGGAGUCGAGUACUCGUGCAAGUAUAUCGCGUAUAGUCAUGCUUGCUGAAGCUCUAUUUGAGGUGUUGGAUGAAAUCCAUCGCCAGCCUUCUUCACUUCCUCAGUCCAUGGUCUCACUCCCAGCUCCAGAAUCUGUUGUUGACUCUUUCCCUCUUAAGAAUCACAAAAAAGUGGACAAGGUUGAGGAUGAUGAAGAAGCUGAGCAGUGCUACAUAUGUCUGUCUGAGUACGAAGAAGGGGAUAAAAUACGAGUGCUUCCCUGCCAUCAUGAGUAUCACAUGUCAUGUGUUGAUAAAUGGCUCAAAGAGAUCCACGGGGUCUGCCCACUCUGCCGUGGAGAUGUUCGCCAGACUGACCCCGAGCUUUCUGCUCCCACCUCAGAGAUUCCUUCACUCUGAUCAUAGAAAUUGUAUAUGCUGCAGAAUGUAAAUAGCACUCUCAUUACGGUUAAGGAAGAGAGUUCCAUUUGUAAAAUAUCGAAGCACCUUUCGUACCAGAUGUAUCUGUAUACAUUUGAAACCCCUCUGCUAUGAUACCAAAAAGAACUGAAAUCGACAUGGAUAAACAAAGUACAGAAGAACAUGGUUCUUCUUUUUGGCAGUUUUAUACACUGCAAAUAGCAUAAACGAACAUCUCUGGUCACCAAUGGAAUGAAGAUUAGCUGUUCCAGAAAGGAUUCUGGAAGGAGGUUGAUACCGAUUCUGGCUUCUCAAUCCUAUGAUGGCUAUUCCCUGUGUUGCUAGAAUCUUGAAGGAAAGGGUUGGAACUCUUGUUGAUGUUGUUGUUAGAGUUGUGACUACUGAAAAGAUUUGGGUGGCUAUUCUCAUCAUCGUCAUCCUCGAAUGUCGUCCAUCGCUUUGAGUUGUUCAGAUUCUUCUCCCUGGUAGCAUUCCUCAUGUUCUCCAUCUCACCCACAUGAUCUUUGAACUCUUUCUUCACCACAUCCAGCACCACAUCGCCAUAUCUAUCGCACCAAGACCUUCAUUGAAUUCCAAAAUCAGUGUGUGCUACUGGAAAUAGUUUCAUCAGAAGAGUUCAUUUUUUCACUUACUUGGGAAAGAAGUUCUUGAGGUCAGCUUUGUCAACAGGAAGCUUAGUGGAGAUUGCUUCCAUUUGGUCAUCC